AAAUCAUUCAUUUCUACGUUGACAAAACAAAGAGUUGUUUGUCCCUAAAAAAUAAAACAGAGUGCUGCUGCAUUUCAAUUUGUUCUUACUCAUUUUAAUUAAGAAACUCUGUUUUUUAUUUUUUCAUCCUAAUAUUUCCAACCCUUUCUUGAUUUCAACAUACAACAAUUUGCGUAAUAAUUUAAAAGAUCAAUCAUUCAACUUAAUUGGGCAUCUGAAAGUGGGUUUUCUUUUAUGAUUGAUUGCGUAAAUUAAAAAAAAAAAAAAGAUAAAAACUUGGCUUGUGGUUCACGGAUUCUAUAUGUUGAGGAAGUGAUUUCAAAUAUGGAGGAAAUUUCCAAAUUGGAUUUGUCGUCAUCAUGUUCUUCUUAUUAUGGUUGUGGAGAUCAUGGUUUUGAAAUGGAGCAAAAGGGAAUGUCGAUUUUGGAUCAGGUAAAUUCUUCUUCAUCAUCAUCAUCAUCAUAUCAAUACACAAUGGAGAAAGCUGAAAGCUAUGUCAUUGAUAUGGAUGCAUUCUCUUCCGGCAUCAAUAAAGAUAGUACCAAUUCAAAUUCCAGAAUUUCGAGGAGCCUUUCGAGGAAAGGAUCUCAGCGUGUGGGCGACAGGAAGAUAAAUGGCCUUACAACGCUUCAAAUUCAUGAUAAUAAGGAUUGCUUAUCUGCUAUGUGCUCACCAAUAGGUACGCCGAUACUGCCCGCAGCAAUGGCAGUGGUGUCCGCGGAUCAUUCCAUCAACCCACACGCCCAUCAACAGAGUAACAUUGGCGGCACCACCACCACCACCACAACCACCACCACCGAAGGCAGAUCAUCCUUAACUCGCAGAAAUAGUUUCAUACGAUCUUCUUCAUGGACAGUUGAUCCUAAAAGGGUUCUCAUUUUCUUUGCCACCUUGUCAAGCAUGGGAACAAUGUUGCUGAUAUACUUCACUCUCGUUAGCAAUAAGCAAAAUGCAGAUGAAUAUGUGGGUCAUUUAGGAGGAAGUAGUGAGUGAAACCACCCACUUACAUAUUACUACACAAUCUCAUAACUUAGAAUCUCUAACCAAAUGGUAAAUUGACACACACACACAGCCAAACUAUCUCAAACCCGUAUUUGCUGCCGUCACCGGCGGCACGCAUUCACGCAGUCAGGGAAUCCGCGAGCCACAUAUCAAACUCGGUAAUUUUAGUUUUUAAAGAAAAUUAAAAUCUACUUAAAGUCAAUGACCGCAGGGAAUCCCCUGACUGCACCAAUGCGUGAAGUCAAUGACGGCAGAGAAUCCAGGUUCGUUUCUGUGUAUAAUGAUCUCUUCAAAAAGGUGUUGGAAUACUAUAUACCCACAAUAAUGGUAUGCUGAUCAUAUACUAUGUACUACAUAGUUCCUUAAUUUAUGAGAAACCUAGGUAAGCCUAUUUUGGUGCCUAGUUUCUGAA